AUGGAGAUAGCUGAGAAGCUUGUGUAUUUUUACAAAGCAAGAAAAUAUAAGAAAGACUUCGCUCCUGGGCAGGUCUGGAAAUGCCAUAUUGUUAACGACUUUUACAUAAAUUUAACUCAGUAGACGCUUGUUUAUUUUUAGUUACAAAAUCGUAAGAUCAUUCCUCUUGUUUAACUUUGUAUUGGUAGUUUAUCUGGAAGGAAUUUAACACGUAGGGUCCCCGUACUCUUUUAGGUAAAGCGGCACAUUGUGUAUAGCUAGUGCAUGUUUCAACAUGUUUCCGACGGCUGCUUCUUUUUUGGGACGAGGAAUUGUUUCAUAUUUCUUUUCCAGAAAGAAAUGUUUUUGCUUAAUUUUAUGAGGAAAAACGAUGAGUCACCUUACUCGUUUACGUGAAAAAAAUGGCGAUUUACAUCUUUCGGUGAGAUUUGGCCAUAGAACAAAAGCCGCCAAUUUUUUCGUCUGCGCCCAUUUAUCACGCGUGAAACGCAAAGACAUAGUAAAGAAUAUUUUUCUUUGUUCACUUGGAGAGCCCUCUUACCAUGGAACGCCCUGGAGGACUUAUUCUCAGUACUCAGUCAUUAUCUACAGUACUCAUAGAGGUACAGAUAGUAAAGUUGUAGAAAUGGAGAGAGACCUUUUGCUGUAAUUUAUUAGCAGAAAAUAUCCAUUCAUUAGUGGCAGUAGCUGGACCAAUAGUGUAAGGUAUAAUUAAGAUUGCUCUCUGACUAAUGGAUUGAAAAAAAAAAUACAGGCGUCGAGGGGCCCUCUGCACAAGGCUGCUAUCAAUGGACAGUUCGAAACAAUCAAAGUACUUCUUGAAAGUGGUGAAGAUGUGGAUAAAAAAGAUCAGGUUUGUGUCUUGUACAGCUUAAUAUGUUAAUUUAGUUUUAAGCCCGCUUCUGACGAGAAAUCCUCGUAUAAAUGACCUUUGCGCCUUAUGAAACACGUUAACGCAUUGUGCGUAUGCGUUAUUUAACACGUGUUAUGUUGGAAUGCCGUUGCCCGGAUAUAAGACUCGAACAAGACGCGAACCAUUUAUACGAGCUCUUGGCGUCCUAUGUAAGACGUGCCGUCCUAAUUCAGAAGAGUCUUUUGUAGGAUGUGUUUUAUUGUCCUUAGCAUAUGUCAGCGGUCGUGUUCAUAGCGCUAAGACGUGUCUUUUCGGGCUCUUCCAAUUUGAAGCUUUUAUUCAUCAUUAUCAUGUCCCAGUUUCUGGAGGCUUUAAUUCUCACCAUGACUUUGUUAAAACACUUUUCCAUUCCCCUCUUCUUGACCGGCUGAAGCAUCAUCUUGAAUUGGCUUGUUCUAGAAGUGCAGGUUAUAUGUCCUUCAAGUUAAUUCUUUACCCGAACUCCUACCUCUCAACUGACGAGAUUAACUUCUAGUGGCGACAUUAGCUUGAAUCCUGGCCCAGAAAGAUGCUCUGUUUGUGGUAAUUCCGUCGCUCGAAACCAUCGUUCCCAUCCUGCGACUCCUGCGAACUUUGGUGCCACAUCAAGUGCGGCCUAAUCACACAAAGGGAGUUUAAAAGGUUUCAAUCACUCGAAAACUUCAUCUGAAUUUUCCCCGUUUGUCUUGCCUUGUCUUUUUCUGUGCCUAUUGGCCAUAAAUCUAUCUCCUCUCCUUCGAUCUCUGUCCAUGGCCUAAACUGCUUUGGUUUAUUUUUAACUUAAGUGCACACUCAUCGAUAUGUCAGAAGAUUCAAAACGUCCUCGACCUUGUCUUUACAUCGACACCUGUUUUAGUCAGCUACGUCAGCUGUGGGCCAAGUUUUUGUAAUUAUUAAUGGAAUGACCUGCAACGUUGCAAUUGGGCUCAAUUUUAGUGUUACACUUGGUUUUUUUCUUGUAAACUAGCUAACAAGGACAUAGUAAAGAGGCUAAAAUUUAGUACAACAACAUCCCAUUUAUUUUAUAAUAGGCCAUCGUUGCACUGUACUAUUUGGCUUAUUUCAACCUCUAUUUAUGUCUUUCUCUCGUUUCUAUGACUAUAAAAUGAGGUACUGCAUUGGCUGAUCUCUGUUUACUGGGCGAGGAAGACACAGAUGCCAUAUGGGUGAAAAUAGCUGUGGGUCGACGUCCUUUCACACUGAAGUAGCGAGGAAGAAUGACACAUAACUCCGCGUCCCCGUGUGAUCAACAAUGCGCCCUAUAGAGGAGUACAAAGGAUUGCCCACAACCACUCAACCUGUCCUGAAUUGAUAAUUACUCAUUCAAGUGGAAAACUCGUAUUAAAUAAUUGAUUAACAAUACUUCUCGGGUAAGGACAUAAGAGUUCUAUUUGUUAACAAAUAUUUCUUAUAUAACAACGUUUUUUGUCCUCUUUUCUGUAGUUUUCUUUGACGCCUCUUCAUCUUGCCUGUUGGUAUGGACAGGAAUCAGUCGUCAAACUGUUUUUAGAACGCGGUGCGAACGUCAACGCUAAGGACAGGGUGAGUCAGUAAACGUUCUUCAAUUGAACAAUAUAGUGCCAUGAAGGGGGGGCGAGGGGUUAGGGAGGUUGUCGUUUGUCUAGUAUUAGUGAUUCACACAGGAAUCUCUUUAUGUUGGCCAAUUAUUAAAUUUAUCCUACCAACAGUAUUAAUACAACCCCCUAUCUUACUAUGGUACAUAGUACAUUUUGUGUUAUUGCAAUGGUAAUUUGUUAGUUAAGCUUUUCGUUGUGUUAAUACACAACUUUUUAUUUGCUAUUCACAGGAAAAAAAUGGGUGGUAGAAAUCUUUGAUUUUCAAACAGUGUCCGGAAAGAAUAAAAUUAAACCCUUAUAACCGUAAGCUUGAGAAAAAAACCUUUCGAAUUUCUUCUUUUAUUUUUUUGCGUUUUUAAGGUAUUUCGAUACAGUUUACAAAUGUUUUACUUAUUACGAAGUUUUCAGUGUCCAGUUUCCUUUAAUCAGCUUCCUCGUAUUUGGAAUCAUGGAUUUUUGUGAGCAAAAAAGAACUUACCACCAGGGUGGUACACAUACCGGUAUGGAGGAGGGAGUGGGCCUAUUCCAGGGCCGACUGUGACUGUGUCCGUUCUUGGGUAAAGAUGGAAGGUGCACAGAUCGCAAUAAGGGAGGGAGUUGGGCUUCCUCUUAGGGUUGGCUCUGACCAAUCGUAGGCCUCCCUACGGCCCCCACUAACCCACUAAUAUGUAUAUCCCAGGAGUGGAAAAAAUGUCGAGUCUAUGGGGGCAAAAGUGUGACGAGAGGAGCACUUUAUCCCAAUUCCCACCUUUUUUGAAAAAACACAACUGUCUUCAGGGUAGAAGUACAAGAUAGAGACAACCAAAUUGACUAAUUAGAUGUCAUACCAGUGCAUCAGGUUGAAACUCUAAACCGAAGGGGACAUACAUGUGUUGACGCAGAAAUUGAUUACUGUAGUGGGUGGGAUGGGAGGGAAAAGAAAACAGAGUGACGAAGCAUAUCGAAUUCGAAGCAUAUCAGUGGCUGUACUGAUACGAAUAUUUCUUAACAACGGGAAAUACUGCGAGCGCAAAAGGCGCGAGCCUCUAGGGGUUCCUUGGGUAAAUUGCUACUCCAGAAAAUGUUGAAAUCUAGAAACCUGGAAAUGCUAUUUUUAGUAGUCUCCACAUGAAUAUUUAAAACUCGAUCAAGUCUAAAAUAAGAGGUAUUUUUAGUCAUAACAACAAUAUUUCCGUUUGACUUGGAACAUUCAUACAUAGUGAUACAUACCGACUAAGUACACGAAACAUUCUACAAAACUCAGCGUGUCGACUGCACGAAAUCUCGGAGCAAACGCUUAAUGUAUUAAACACGUAUCACCUAGGUAUCCCAAAAUCGUAUUCCCCGCCUUUUGUCUUUCGAGACUCCAUUUGUCAGAUCCGGAACGCCUGUGAACGAAAUAUCUUCAAUGGUGGGAUUAUUUUGACUACAUAUAAUACUAGGAUAUACUGGGGCCACAACAUGGGCUACUUAAUUAUCAACUCACAACAGCACUAUUCCGUUUCGUAAAGCAAACUUUGCAAUUGCAUCAUCCUCGGGUGGAGGCCUUCAAAUAAACUGACAACUUCGUCCAGAUCGAUAGGCAUAUCGUACUUGAUAUGCAUGAUAGCCAGUGAGGAGAGCCUACUCUUGCCCAUGGUGCAUCUCAUCGCACUCGCACGAUGUCAUGGGAAGAGAAGCCGCAAUCUUGGGAAGAAUUUUCAGGUUAGGGAAAUCAUCAGGAUCACAUGCUUUCAAGGACGCAGCACAUGAAUCAUUUUGUCAACACCAACUCUAUACUUCAUGUAAGGCUUUCGAAUUUCAUUUGUACUCAAACUCCUAACAAUUUUUAUUUGUGCCCAUACGACUUUCCCGAUACUGUUAGCGUUUUCUUGCAGGGUAAUUUAAACUGAGCUAAAACACUCAAAGUUUGUUUUCCAUUCAGCCACUAUUUGCUAAAAGCUGAAAAUUAACAGCUUGUGUUUUUAGUCCCCCAUCAUUGAUCUGCAAAGGGGGUUCGUUCGUAAAUUUAUUUCCGGUCAUCAAUAAAUUAUGAUCUCUUAGAACACGUUUUAAUUUGAAAGUUUCAUUGCACUGGCAUUUGCUCUAAUCCCACCUGCGAAAUCGGCCUUUAACACUUACCUAUAUCACCCUUACAGGGUUGCUAUGUUUCCUCCUCUCUUCCUGUAUUUCAUUUGAGUGCUUUGCCACUGCAUUUUUACACAUUAAAUGAAUCAGCUACAUUGCAGCCGUUUAUGGAUGUUGCUGGAAUUGUAGCAUCCCUGCAACAGAAUAGGACUUGCUUCCCUACUGGAGGGGAACUGCUCUUUUAUCUUUGCUGUUUUGGAUUACCAAUAACCUUUCCUGCGAGAUCGAUAGUUAGAGCCCUUGGAAGGAGCUGCAUUUUUGUUUUUGUUUUGUUGUGUUAUUUUUUUUUUUCUAAAACAAACAGAAACAACAACAGGAAAAGAUUUUAAUCCUGCAGGCUACCCAAAUCGUUUUAAAUAGUUUCCUUGUUAAAGAUUUUUUUCUUUUGAGGUUAACAUUAGAUUUUGUUAAAGAACAAUUAUUGAGACCAUGCUACAACACUUAUGUCCUGAGGGUAAUGCGCAUGUGAAACGCACCGAAUUUCUUGUUUGUUUUCUUUUGUUUUGUUUUUAAUGGCUCUGCUGUGUAAUUUUUGUUGUUUAGAAUACGUUGCGUCACGUUGUGUAGACAAGGCGGAGAUAUGCAGUUAUGUAGAAUUAAUGUUUCUAUGAUAGAUAGUCAAAUAAAAUGCUUCUAUGAUAAAUAGUCAAAAGUAGGUAACACAAUUAACCUUGCUUCGAUAUAAUGUUUUUAGUUUCAGCGUACCCCUCUGCAAAAAGCCGAACGUCAAAACCACCACUCCAUAGUGCAGUUGCUGCUGAAGAAUGGUGCCAGGCCAUGCCCUCAUCAACCAGUAAGUUAUGGCAGAUUGUGCCCGAAAAACUGUCUCACAUUUCUGCUUUAACUUAUGGGGUCAUAGACUUGUAACGAUAACAACCGCGACCACCACUUCAUUUUUUGUAGAACACGUAUAUCUGCAAUAUGAAUACAGGGCAACCCAUAUAAACUAUUAUAUGCAAAAAUCUACUUACAUGUAGUAUUAAAUGGAUUCCCUCUUUAUUACUUGCUCUUAUUAACUUGGUCAUUUUUUAACAGGUCAGUCUAAAAAAACUCUCAAGGAAAGCUUUCACGCAAUUGGAUAAAACAAAGGCUGUCUUAAAGGACGAAUAUGACAUUGUUUUAAAAGCUCAUGGACUUGCAAGUUAUAAAAGUAUAAAAAGACUUUUUAGUGGGUGUGCUAAGGACAACAGUAGACAGACUAAGCUGCAGUGGGCUACAUGCAAUGAUGAUGCGGAACAAGCAGUUGAGAUUGUAUUAAAUGACGGUGCAGCUAUUAAUGCCCGCGGGGCAGACAAUGAUUACGCAGCUUUGUUGCAGGCGAGUCGUUCAUCCUCAAGUCAGUUCAUUGAGACCCUCAUUGAUCUUGGGGCCGACGUUAAUAUGCAAAGAAAAAAGGGUAAAGAAACACCAUUAAAAUUAGCAGCUGUUUGGAACAACUAUAUGGCAGUGUUCUUGCUUGUAAGGCACGGAACUGAUGUAAAUGUUCAGGAUAGUUAUGGAUUCACACCUCUGCACGUUUCAGUCAGAAAAGGUCGCGAAAACCUUAUCAAAUUACUACUUGCAAAUAAAGUAGAUGUAAAUAUUCAAGAUGAACAAGGAUAUACACCCUUGCACUUCAGUGUCAAAGAGCGUAACGAAAACCUCUGUAGAUUGUUACUUGAACACAACGGGGAUGUAAAUAUUCAAGAUCGAUAUGGAAUUUCACCCUUGAACUGGUGUGCCUUAGAGGGUAACGAAAACAUCUGUAGAUUGUUACUUGAACACAACGCAGAUGUAAAUAUUCACGAUAAAGAUGGAUAUACACCCUUGGACUGGUGUGCCAGAGAGGGUAAAGAAAACCUUUGUAGACUGUUGCUUGAACACAACGCG